AUGUUCGCCCGGUUAGCAACAUCUUGCCACACAUGUCUGCGCUCUAGCAUCUUCUCCAACAACGUUGUCGCGCAGAGGUCGCUAUUCUCGACGUCACCAGUCGCUCAAGCAGGAUACAAGCUCAAGUCACACUCUGGCGCGAAAAAACGGUGGAGGUCGUUGGGCAGUGGAACCGCUUUCAAACGCGGAAAGGCCGGGCAUUCACAUUUGAACGCUCACAAGUCGGCGGAGAGGAAAAACAGGCUCAGCCAGACAGCGUAUGCCAACCCAACACAAGCUGCAAACCUUCGCAAGCGAUUGCUCCCCUACGGAACCCACUAA